AUGUUGCAGGCAGCACUGGUGUACGUGUGCUUCGGUGCAUUAUUGGCGGUGUGCGGUGGUAAUGGAAUGACGCACCAGCAGAAUGAACCACCGGACGUGAAUGUAACCGUGGCGAAGAUGAUCAGUGCGCUGUCAGCCUACAGGAACGUGAAUUUCACGGAGCAUCAUUUGGACCGUGGGCAGCGGAUAGUGGCACGGAAAGGGGUAAGCAAUGAUGUGGCAACGGUGCUAAAAGGUUCCGUCGCGGAUCAGCUAGCAUCCGCUGGUGAUGGGGCAAAUGCCGCAGCACCCAGCAACAACACGACAGGUAGCAGCAACGUACCAGCCACGCAGACAAACGUUACCACCACCACAACGAUGGCGUCGAGCGCAACGAACGGUUCCACCAUACCCACAAUCAGUGCGAACGCAUCCUCAACCACUGCGAGUUCAGCAAAACCAUCGUCCCCACCACAAUCAAAACCACCCGGCAGUACCAACGCAACAACGACCCAGCAGACAUCCGCGACAAGCAGUAGUAACACCACCAGAAGCACUACCACCACCACCACCACCACCACCACAACGACGACAACAACAACAACUACAACGUCCACCACUACGAAACCUCCAAAGAAGCCAAAGAUCACCUACUCGAUCGACGAUGAACCGAAACUGCUCCAGGCGGCCAAACCGGGCUACGGUACGCCCUACGAUCCGGUGGACAGCAGUGGGCGACUCCGCGUCGACGAACCGCUCGCCCAGUUCUCGCAAGAGUAUCUUCCGUCCGGGUUCGGUGGUGGUGCCGGUGGUGGUCCCGGAGAGCCGCCCAACUCUCGCCGGGAGUACAUUGUCCCGAUCGUGACGCUGAUCUUCGCCAUUCCGCUGCUUCUAGGGCUGUUUCUUCUCUCAUAUCGGCGCGCCAAAGAGUUCUGGCUGACGCGCCAUUACCGGCGGAUGGACUUUCUCAUCGACGGCAUGUACAACUACUGA